AUGGGGAGGAAACGUCAGUUGCGACUUAUUUACGUUGGGCAAGGAUCAUCACAGUCACGACAACGGGUGGAGGCAGCUGAUGAGGAACCCCACAUUUCUGAGGACGCAAGACCGGUGGCAACACCGGUGGCAAGUGACGAUGAUGAGACACUAGCUCCAGAUACAGAUGAUUAUAUUCAAACCCAAACACCGGUACAAAAUCCAGCACCGGAACAAAAUCAAGCAUCAGAAAAUAGGCCUGGAAAACGUGGGAAAACCAGGUUGGCUGACAUAUGGGCAAUGACUGGUGAGUACAAAAUUCAGUUGCCGUUAAAUGAUGAAGGCCAACCGAUUGGCGAUGACGGGGAAUUGUUCGUUCGAUGGUUGGGCUCGUUUUGCGAGAAUGGUCUAUUGUGCCCGCUUACGCCUGCUGGGUGGCCAAGUGUCCCUCAAAAGUUUAAAAAGGAUUGUUGGACGGAGAUUGAGCAACGGUAUAUAAUUGAUCCCACUAUUGUCAAACCACCCAAUCAAAUGGGAUGGGCAAUGAGUCAGCUAGGAGAACUAAGGAGGAAUCGCAGGACCAAGUUGAAGAAGGAUCACAAAAAACCUGGGCUGUCACGUGAACAAGUAUUGGCUAUUGAAUCGCCUGGGGUUAUCCCAGCACAGUGGAAGGAGAUGGUUGAUUAUUGGUUCAAUGAAAAAACUGAGACAUUAAGUCUGAAAAACAAGGCGAGUCGAGACAAGCAGAAAGACAUAGCAAGAUGUGGGGCCAAAAGUUUUGCUCAAAUUUCUGCUGAAAUGGCGAAAGAUAAAGGGGCGGCAGUCGAACGCGCGGAUGUAUUUCAAAAAAUAUACCGUACGAAAGAUGGGGUUGCUGUUAGUGACCGUGUGCAAGAUCAGAUGGAUAGGAUGGCAGUACUUUUGAAUGAACAGGACAUACGACUACACGGAGAGAUUGGUAAUGGAAUCCUCUAG